AUGUCAUCACAAAAGACUGUCGUAUUCGUAACAGGCUCUACCGAAGGUGGAAUUGGUGCUUCAAUUUGUACGGAAUACGCACAAAAUGGUGCAAUCGUAUAUGCAGGAGUACGUAAAUUAGAAGCAUUGGGAUCAUUGGCAAAAGAUACAAGAAUUCAUCCUAUCGUGAUUGAUGUUACAAAAGAAGAAACUGUCAAAUCAGCCGUUCAAAAAAUCAUUGAGGAAUCUGGUCAAAUUGACAUUUUGGUCAAUAAUGCCGGCGUAAAUGCAGCAGCAGGCUUGGCCAUUGAAGUACCGAUCGAAAAGUACAGACAAACUUUCGAAGUGAAUUAUUUUGGUCUACUUCGUGUGUCACAAGAAGUGGCCACUCAUAUGGCAAAACGUCGUAAAGGAGCAAUCGUGAAUAUUGGUUCAGUUGCUGGGUAUGCUCAUUUACCCUUAUCGGCAGCCUAUUCGAACUCCAAAGCUGCAGUUCACAGUUUAAGUGAUGUUUUACGUAUCGAACUUGCUCCGAUGGGCAUUCAUGUCUUAUGCGUAGCCCCGGGAAAAAUUAAAAGUGGAUUCGGAAAGCAAGCUUUAGAAACAGCAACCUACCCAACACCUGAUUCGCCAUUUUAUGGUGCCAAAGAUGCAAUCAGUGCAAGGACAAAUUAUAGUCAAGUCGGUAAAUGUACCCCUUCAUCAGAUUUGGCAAAAGCCAUUAGAGCUUCCUUAUCUGCUCCUGCUUGGAGACGAAGAUCUUAUUUGACUUAUGGAGAAUUAUCAACCAUUACUUGGUUGACAUACUACUUCCCGCCGUUUUUGCGUGAUAGGGCAUUAACCAGACGAUUCAAAUUAGACACAAUUUCCAAGAAAUAG